AAGAAAAAGAAAAGAAGUGAUUGAGAUAAGGAAGUAAAGCAAAAAAAAAAGUAAAGUAAUAAUAAUAUAACUUUUUUUCGAGGAUAAUAACGCAAAACAAAACGGAAUAAAACGUGGAGCGAUAUUCUCGUAACUGUUGUUGUAUUACUUUUGCUUCUGUGGGGAGAAUAAUAAAAGAACUUUAUUAUUAUCAACAUCCUCCCUAUCGGAUCGACGGCAUCGUGGCGUUUGUUGUUGUUGUUGUUGUGAAUAGCAGCUGGCAUCGACACCAUCCAAGCAUCUAAGUUUCUAACAUUUACCUGUAUUGUAUUAACACGAGUGUUUGGCAGACGCCAGUAUGGAUUCAUUCCUCUACUUGCUACUUAUUCUCUUUAUCAGUUUUAAAGACAGCUUACAAGGAUACCAUGAAAAAAGACUUCUUAAUCACCUUUUGAACACAUACAACUCUCUCGAGCGCCCAGUUUCUAACGAGUCAGAGUCACUAGAAGUGAAAUUUGGCUUGACUCUGCAACAAAUAAUAGAUGUGGACGAGAAGAAUCAACUACUUAUCACCAAUAUUUGGUUAUCUUUGGAAUGGAACGACUACAACUUGCAAUGGAAUAAAUCGGAAUACCCGGGAGUGAAGGAUUUAAGGAUAACACCAAAUAAAUUAUGGAAGCCGGAUGUUCUCAUGUACAACAGUGCGGACGAGGGAUUCGACGGCACAUAUCAUACAAAUGUCGUGGUCAAAAAUGACGGCGGUUGUCUGUACGUGCCCCCUGGUAUCUUCAAAAGCACAUGCAAGAUAGACAUCACGUGGUUCCCCUUCGAUGAUCAAAACUGCGAAAUGAAAUUUGGCAGUUGGACGUAUGAUGGAAAUCAGCUCGAUUUGGUCCUAAACUCUGAAUCGGGUGGUGAUUUGUCUGAUUUUAUUACAAAUGGUGAAUGGUAUUUAUUGGGUAUGCCUGGUAAGAAAAAUGUGAUGAAUUACGCGUGCUGUCCCGAACCUUAUGUGGAUGUGACAUUCACAAUACAAAUAAGACGGCGUACGUUAUAUUAUUUUUUUAAUUUAAUUGUGCCAUGUGUGCUGAUAUCAUCGAUGGCACUAUUGGGUUUCACACUACCACCGGACUCUGGUGAAAAAUUAACAUUAGGAGUGACAAUUCUUCUCUCGCUAACCGUUUUCCUCAACUUAGUGGCAGAGACAUUACCUCAAGUAUCAGAUGCGAUCCCUCUGUUAGGUACAUAUUUUAAUUGUAUCAUGUUUAUGGUGGCAUCAUCCGUAGUAUUAACUGUAGUUGUAUUAAAUUAUCAUCAUAGAUCGGCGGACAUUCACGAAAUGCCAAAUUGGAUACGAUCCGUAUUCCUAAUGUGGCUACCGUGGAUUUUGCGUAUGCAUCGUCCCGGUAAAAAAAUAACGCGUAAAACAAUAUUAUUAAGUAACAAAAUGAAAGAAUUAGAAUUAAAAGAGCGAUCAUCCAAGUCGCUAUUAGCUAAUGUAUUAGAUAUUGAUGACGAUUUUAGACAUUCAACUAAUUUAGGGGGAUCUACAACGGCAAUUGGGACGGCCGGUUAUGGGUUUAAUAGGCCAAUAAGCGUAGAAGAGCAUUCGUUAUCGGGAUGCACACACAAGGAUUUACAUUUAAUAUUAAAGGAAUUGCAAUUUAUAACGCAGCGCAUGAAAAAAGCGGAUGAUGAUGCAGAUCUAAUUAGUGAUUGGAAAUUCGCUGCAAUGGUUGUCGAUAGAUUUUGCUUAAUAGUGUUUACGUUGUUCACCAUAAUUGCAACAGUUGCCGUUCUGCUAUCAGCACCACACAUAAUAGUAUAA